UCUCCAACUGACAAACAUGGAGUUACUUUUCAUAAUAUUUUCAGCUCUUUUGCUGAGUGGAUUUGCCAGCGGUGGACCGACCCCUCGAGCACCAGGACAUGGCCUGUGUGCGGUCAUGGGCAAUCUCCACAUCACCUUUGAUAAUCACUACUACACAUUCCUGGGUAACUGCAGCUACACCUUGGCCAAGAACUGCCACGUCGAUGCCUCCCACCCGGCCUUCAAAGUGGACAUCAAGAACAUGAACCAGGAAGGCAUCCAGGUCCCGAUGGUGGAGUCCGUGACUGUCAAUGUUUACGGGAUUCAUAUCCAUAUGGCUCGCCUUGAGUUUGGUGUCGUCCAGGUGAACUAUCAACGUUGGAAUCUCCCAAUUACCCUGAACGAUGGCAAGUUGAAGCUUUUCCAGCAAGGCCUGCUUGUCGUCAUGGAGACAGAUUUUGGCCUGGCCGUGAAGUACGACUGGAAACGGUACACUGCAGUGACAGUGCCAGACAGUUUGGCUGGAAGCAUGUGCGGCUUGUGUGGCAACUUCAACAGCAAAAAGGAAGACGACUUAAUAACGGCCAGCGAUUCAGUGGCCAGCAGCGUGACAGAGCUGGCACAGAGCUGGAAUGUUCCUUGCGCAAAUGAGGGCUACUGCCGAGAUGUGUGUGAUGCUAAGUGUGAAAAAUGUGUCCUCCCAGAAGUGAAGACAUUAGAAAACCAAAUCUUCUGCAGAACCCUUUUCAUAGAUCUGGCUGCGUAUGUCGGUUGUCAACCUGACGUUGACCCCGACGUCUUCCACAGCAACUGCAUGCUUGACAUCUGUAAUGGAGAACCCAUAUACACGUACCUUUGUAGCACUCUUCAAGGCUAUAGUGACAUCUGCCAGGGGACGGGGACUAAGGUUCCCGAUUGGAGAUCUCCUACUCGUUGCUCUAAACCCAAGUGCCCAGAACACAGCCACUAUGAGCACUGUGCUAGUGCCUGUCCUGCUACAUGCUCAAAUCCAAACGCACCCUCAAACUGCAACUCCCCCUGCACGGAGACGUGCGUCUGUGAUGAGGGCUUCGUGCUCAGCGGCACCAAGUGCGUCCCCAAGAAUCAGUGCGGCUGCACAUACGAAGGCCUCUACGUGGAAGCUGGAACGUCUUUCUGGGGUGGUCAGAGCUGUACCAAGCGUUACACAUGUGCCGCAGGUGGGCAGCUGUCUUUCAAGCAGUCCAAGUGUCCUGUCGGGGAAGAGUGUCAGGUGCAGAAAGGCAUCCAAAAUUGCUAUCCUCUCGACCAAGCCACAUGCAUGGUGUCUGGGAGCCCGCACAUUGUGUCCUUCGACGGACAGCACUUUGACUUCCGGGGCACUUGCACAUAUGAGAUGGCUGCUGUCUCCUCGAGUCAAAGGAAUCUGGAGUCAUUUAGUGUUGUGAUGCAGAACAGUGGAAAAGAUCAGAAGACUGGGUCUAUUGUCCAGCUGGUGGAGGUCAAGGUGUACGGAUACACCUUCAUCAUCAACAAAGAGUACUUCGGCGCUGUUGUGGUGAAUGGUGUGCUCUCCAACCUACCUGUGACUCUGGAUAACAACAAAAUCCAACUUUACAGAAGCGGCCAGUUUGCUGUGAUUAAGACGGACUUUGGUUUGAAGGUCUCCUACGAUUGGAGCAGCAUAGCAUCUGUAACUGUUCCCAGCAGGUACAAGGGCGCAAUGCGCGGCCUUUGCGGCAAUUACAACCUCAACCCCAAAGACGACAUGCAGAUGAAAAAUGGGAGACAAGCUUCCACUCCUGAGGAGCUCGGCCAAAGCUGGAAGGUGGCCUCUUCCCCGGGCUGUGUUGACGGCUGCAGCAGCCAGUGCCCCAGCUGCGACCCCACACAGAGAGCUCUGUACACCGGCAACAAUUACUGUGGCCUCAUCAGCGACCCCGCUGGUCCGUUCCGUGACUGCCACUCUAAGGUGGACCCUGCAAGCUUCCUGAACGACUGCCUGUCUGACGUCUGUGCUCACCGGGGAAGCGGGAACAUGCAGUGCAAGACUCUGACUGCAUACACCACUGCCUGCCAGCUGAAAGGAGUCACGGUGUAUUCCUGGAGGUCAUCCCAGUUCUGCAAUGCCGAGUGUCCAUCAAACAGCCACUAUGAGCUCUGUACCAACACUCGUCUCAGAUCAUGUGAGAAACCCUCUGCACAGUGUGGAAUCAAGUGCACUGAAGGAUGUAUUUGCAAUGAUGGUUACCUUCAGAGUGGAAAUGAAUGUGUGCCUGCCAGCCAGUGUGGCUGCAUGUAUGAAGGGAAAUACUACCAGCAGGGCCAGGUUUUCUACUCUGAUGACCUUUGUCAGAAGGAGUGCACCUGUACCAGCAACGGCGCAGUGCAGUGUAAGCAGUCUGCAUGUGAAAUCUAUGAGAGGUGCGAGGUGGUUAAUUAUGUGCGGUCAUGCCAGCCUUUGGGAAAAGGAGUCUGCACCAUCUCCGGCGAUCCACAUUACAACACCUUUGACAACGGCACCUAUAACUUCCAAGGCACCUGCACCUAUGUUGCGGCUCAAGGCUGCUCCCUGGCCGGUACUAAGCUCAACAACUUCUCUGUGAUCGUGCAGAAUGAGAAGUGGAAUGGAAUGAUUGAAAAUCCCCAGGCCUCUGUGGCCAAAGUUGUUGUAGUAGAAGUUCACGGACUGAUCUUGGUCCUUCGCAGGAAUCUAGUUGGGACGGUUUGGAUAAAUGGGAUCCUACAUCAUCUUCCUCAAAGCCUCCUCAAAGGUGCAGUGAAUAUUUAUCAGGAAGGCCGCAACGAUGUCAUCAUGACCGACUUUGGCCUGAGGGUCACUUAUGAUCUGGUCUACCACGUCACUGUCACUGUUCCUGGACGCUACAGAGGUAAAACCUGCGGCCUGUGUGGCAAUUUUAAUGACAACGACGCAGAUGAAUUCCACCUGCCGGAUGGAAGUUUGACUAAGGACUACCACAAGUUCGGUGCAUCGUGGAAAAUGUCGGUACCUGGAGUGGAUUGUGAUGACGGCUGCAACAACGGUGACUGCCCCAAAUGUGACGAUUCUAAAAAAGCUGCAAUAGAAAAAAAAUGUGCAAUUAUCACCGACGCCAAUGGCCCUUUUGCUGCCUGCCACGGCGUUAAACGUCCAGACUUCUACUUCAACAAUUGUGUCUACGAUGUGUGCAUGGCUAAAGAAGAAGAAGGCAUGCUUUGCAACAGUAUUGCUACUUAUAUGUUAGACUGCCAGGAGUCUGGAGUAAAGAUUCAGAACUGGAGAAGUUCCUCUUUCUGCCCUCAUGCAUGCGGUAAGAACAGCCAUUAUGACACUUGCGUGGAGUCCUGUUCCUCCUCAUGUCCUGGACUCCGAGACAUCGUCAACUGCACCACUGCUUGCUUUGAGGGUUGCGCCUGUGAUAAAGACUUCUACUUCAAUGGAACUGGUUGUGUGCCCUUUGACCAGUGUAGCUGUUAUUACAAUGGCCAUACUUACAAGAUGGGAGAGUCCCUUAUAACUGAUGACUGCAGCAAGAUUCACACGUGCCAGGCCUCUGGAGUGGUCCUGACCUCAAACAUGGCUUGCGAUCCCAACGAAAGCUGCCAAAUCAAGAACGGUGUGAUGGCGUGCUACGCUCAGCGGUGCCUUCUGGGAUCCAGUGGAACCCUCACUGCAUUUAACGGUAACGGUGGCACCGUGUCAGUGCCAGGAUCCUAUGAGCUUACCAGGAACUGUAUCCAGUCUCAGACAUCAGGCUGGUUCAGGGUGGUGGUGAAGUUGGAUAAGUGCACGUCUGGUCUCAACACAAUCAUGGCUGUUUAUGUGUUCUUCAGUGACAUGAUGGUCACAAUCAACUACAAACAUGAAGUCUGGAUAAAUGGAAUUCCAAUGUAUCAGAACACCUUCACCCGGAACAAUGUAAAGGUUGCGCUUGCUGAUAAUACAGUGAAAAUUAACAACCCUUCCAGCCUUCAGUUGUCCUUCAGUCCAACUAAUGAGCUCACCAUGAGUGUCAGUGAUGAAGUAGCUGACGCAUUAUGUGGGGCAUGUGGGAGGCUGACGCCUGUUGCACCAACAUCACGAAGCCCGGAACAGAUGCUGCUGGAGUACCUUCGCGGGACUACUACUACCUUUGCGGUGCUGAACAUGGGUCAGUGGAUGGCUCCGGACUUCCCCCAGUGUGGCUAGUGAACCCAGCAGGCACUGGCGAAUUCUGAACAACGUGUCCAUAUACGGCUCAUAUAUAUAUAUAUAAAAUAUCAUGAUAGUAUGUAUUAUUCUCUAUGCACAAUAAAGAGUUCACUUGA